AUGGACAACACUUACAAGACAAACAAAUAUAGGCAACCUAUGUUUGAAAUUGUUGGCAUGACAUCAACCGAGUUGACUUUUGCUGUCGCAUUUGCGUAUAUUGAGUCUGGGCAUACUGAGACUUUUUGUUGGGUGCUAGAUAAGCUUAAACAAUUGUUUGUGAAGAAAGAUUUGGUUCCACAAGUGAUUUUGACAAAUAGAGAUCUUGGUUUGAUGAAAGCCAUUGGAACUGUGUUUCCAAGGUCAAUCAAUUUGCUAUGUCGAUUUCAUAUUAACAAGAAUGUUGGUGCAAAACAGAAACACUAUGUGGCUAGUGACAUGCAAAAGAAAAUUGACGAAUUAUGGACGGAUGUUGUAUGGGCUAGUGAUGAGGUUGAGUAUGUUCAAAGGUUGAACCAACUUGAGCAGACGUGUGUUGAUUGUAAUGAAUUUAUUGAUUAUGUGAAGGACAUAUGGUUGACACCACAUAGACAAAGAUUUGUUAGAGUAUGGAUUAAUCGAGUGCUACAUUUGGGUAACACCGCGACUAAUCGGUUAAAGCAAAUGUUGGGGAACAGUAUUAAUGGCAUGGUCAAAUGUCGGGAGGCUAUGAAUGACAACUUAAAGUUACAACUGAGCAAAAUUAGAGCUUCUUUUCAAAAGAGUUUUGAUGAAGUUGAGCACGCCCACGUAAGUCCAUUUUACAAUAAUUUACGUGGUUCAGUGUCUCGAGAUGCAUUGAGAUGCAUUGCUGAAGAGUUAAAACGAGUUGAUUAUGUUGGAACUAACAAGGAAAUAUGUCGUUGUACUCUUAGAACAACCUACAGAUUACCUUGUGCUUGUGAGUUGAUAGGAUAUAGAAUUGAUGGUAUACCGAUACCAAUAGAUGCUAUGCAUGUUCAUUGGAGAAAACUAAGUAUGGAAGUUAAGUUGGACGAAGACGUAGAUGAUGGAUCAGAGGUGUGUUGUUGGAAAAAGGACAUUAAAAAGUAG